AUGGGCCUCGGGACUCCUUUGGGGGAUGCUAUCAACUAUGUUGACGUCUUCCAUUUUCGUUUUGCUACAGAUUCGAGCGAUAUCGUCCCUGCCGCCAAGGGUCCCAUCGACCCCGAGGCCUACCUCUGGCAAGCAAGACCUCAUGGAGGUAGUCUGCUCAACCGAACCAAAUUCACAGUGGAAUGCUCCAAAACUCACUGGAGCAGCGAGAGCAGCACUGGAUGUGAAGAGAACCACAUCGUCAUCGACCUGCACUCGGUGCGAAAUGUGAACGACCUCAGCAUGCGUCCUCUCCUGCAUAAGGAUGAUCGUGGACAGAUUGCCAAACACGAGGUCUUGGUCAGCGUGGAAGGAAGAAGCUGGAAGAAGGUCGCAUACGGAACCUGGGGAUGGAACAAAAGCAUAAAGCUCUCUAUCUUCGAAUCGCAGCCUGCUCAAUACGUGAAGCUCGUUGCUAAGACUGAGGCGCCUCCUAGUAGAGCUUCUGGCGCCAAGUACCCCAACACAGUAAUCAAAAUCGUCGACAUCAACGUCUACGCCUCCCUUUCUACUAUCCCUGACGACCCAUCCGAAGGUGCGUGGGGCGGUCAUCUGUCGGUGAGAAGUGAUAUACCUGUGUGUCAUUAUUAUUUUUAG